AUGUUUAGGAAUUUAAUUAAAAUAGGAGGCUGUUUGGGCUUAUUGAGUUCAUCAAAUGUUUUAUGCAAUUAGAUUAAAGGAAAAAAUUAAGAUGAUCAACUACCUCAUUAUCAUUUUCUUAAUGAUCACGAUUUAUAAAAAUUAUAAAAGAAACAUUCAAAUUUAUCAAUCAUAGAUAAAAGUUAUACAGAACAUAUUUUAUCAGUGAUUAGAGAUGUGUAGACAGAUAUUGUGGUAUUAAUUAAUAAGAAUUAUCAAAGGAUUUCAGAAAGAAUGCAGAUCGUUUAAUUAGAAUUUUAAUUGAAUAAGCCAUUUCUUAAAUUGAUAAAAAGAAACAUAUUAAAUAGUCUCCAUUAGGAUAUUAUGAUGCUCAUGAAUUAAAGUUUUAAGAUGAAGAGUAUUUUUGUUAAAUAAUUCAGAAUUUGCUUUGUGAGUAUACUUAGAUCAGGAAAUGCAUUUUUAAUUGAAGCAUUAAAAGUGAUGACAGGAGCAUCAAUUGGAUAAAUAUUAAUUUAAAGAAAUGAGGAAACUUCACAACCUGCAUAUUUUUUCUAAAAAUUGCCUCAAAACAUUAAAGAUUAAUAAGUUAUUUUAGUGGAUCCAAUGUUAGCUACAGGAGGAAGUGCAAGUAUGGCUUUAUAGAUAUUAAAAAAUCAUGGUGUAAAAGAAGAAAAUAUCACAUUUUUAACAUUAGUUAGUUGCGAAUAAGGAUUAGGUAAAUUGUUUAGUGAAUAUCCUAAAAUAAAGAUUAUUACAGCUUAAGUUGAUCCAAUUUUAUUGAAAAACAUCAAUUACUUAGCUCCAGGAAUAGGUGAUUUUGGAGAUAGAUACUUUGGAACUGUGAAAACAAAUCAAGCUUAAUAAUGAUU